GUUUUUGUUACCGGCGUCAGAGCUGAUCCAUUGGGAUUUUUUAGCAAGGGCAACGAUGGUGAAGUAGUCCGUCUCGUUUGCCUUUUAGGCUAUCCAGACGGCCUGACGGCCAGCGGCGCCUACAGUCCCACAGCAAGAUGAAGAAGCUUUUUGACAAAGUCGGCAAAAAGCGGGAGAAGGAGGGCAGCCUCGUUGGUAAAGUGGUUAUGGUGGGUCAGUACAGCGUUAAAGUGGAGGCGCUGAUUGGUGAAGGUGGCUUUGCAACUAUUUACCGUUGUACUGAUGUGAAGAGCGGCUUGGCUUUUGCCCUAAAGCACAUGCGCCUUGCUGCCGACACGGAUGCGAUUAAAGAGGUGCAGCAAGAGGCUAAGACGAUGGCUCGACUCAAGGGUCAUCCCAACAUCCUGAAACUCCAUGCUGUAGCCUUUGCCGGUCCGCCUGGCGCCGAAACCGAUGGCUUUAUGCUGCUUGACUUUUGCCCGGUCACGUUGCUUGAAGUCAUGCAACGGAGCAACUUCGUCUUGGACGACUUCUUAGUUUAUGAGGUCUUCCAAGACGUGGCCUGGGCGGUGGCGCACAUGCACAAGUGCACGCCGCCCCUUGCGCACCGUGACCUAAAGGCUGAGAACGUGCUCAAGAACAGCGAGGGACGCUGGGUCAUUUGCGACUUCGGAUCCAGUACGGCACGGGCACAGGUGUACGACACGCCGGCGGAGAUUGCGGCGGAGGAAGACAACAUCCGCCGCACCACGACGCCAGCCUACCGAGCGCCCGAGAUGUGGGACCUGUACAGUCGACAGCGGAUCGACACGGCAGUGGACGUCUGGGCUCUCGGCGUGCUGCUCUACGUCCUCGCGUUCGGCAAGCUGCCCUUCCAGGGCGACUCCAAGCUCAGCAUCUUGUACGGCAAGUACGACAUGCCCUCCGGCCGGCCGCCCGCCAUGCGCGCCCUCAUCCAGGACAUGCUGCAGAUCAACCCGGCAGACCGUCCGGACAUCUUCCAGGUCAUCUCCAAGCUGGACCUCCUGCGGACUGCCCUCUGCAGCGAGGGCAGCGGGGAGCUCCUUCCCCCGCCACCACCGCCACCUGCAGUGGUGCUGCAUCCUCAGCCGCUGCAGCAGCAACAGCAGCAGUCGCAGCAGCAGCCAGCGGCGUACUUGCAGCCUUCCCGGCCGGUCGAUGCACCGCCUGCGGGGCCGCAGUACCACCCGCCUCAUCCGCACCUUCACGCGCAGCAGCAGCAGCAGCAGUCGCAGCAUCCCUAUCCACACCACCCGCAUGCCAGCGGGUACCCGCAGGGCCAGCAGCCGGCGCCGCCUCCGCCGCCGUAUCACAUGCAGCAUCAGCAUCCCCACCCGCACCCACACCCACAGCAGUCCCCGGGACCUCAACCGCAUGUUCCGCAUUUACAACUAGGAGGUUCAGGCGGUAGUGGGGGCGUUGUUGCUGCUGGUGCUGGUGCGCCGCCGCCCUACCCAGGGGCGCAGCCCUCGCCACGGCCCGGACCCCCAGGGGCUGCUCUGCCGCCGCAACAGCACGCUGUGAUGAACGGGGGACAGGGAGUCCCGCCCCAUGGGACCGCACCGCCACCGCCACAGCAGCAGACACCUCUUCCCGCCCCGUACGGCCACUCCCAGCAACCGCAACUGCAGCAGCAGCAGCUCUAUCCGCAGGUGGGACCGGCUCGUUCCGGCCCGCCACCGCAGCAUGCCUACCCGCCGCCACCGCAACAAGGCCAGCAGGGGCCGCAAGCGCAGCUGCAGGGCUCCGGCGGCUCCUUCCGUGGGAUGCCCAGACCUGCCGGUGCGAUGGUGGGUAAUGCAGGAGCAGGGGCAGGAGAAGCGGCAGCUGCACUCAUGCAUCAGCAGCAGCAUCCGCCCUCUCGCACCACCAGCAACAACAGCAUGUUCAUUCCCAGCUGGCCGGCUGCCGGUACCGCUGCUGCUGCAUCUGGGUCGCCCUCGCAGCAGCAGCCGGCACCGCCGCCACAGCCACCGGCACAGCUACCAAAUUUGCUCGACGAUGACCCAUAUCCCCAGCCUACUCCGUCUCCUUCUGCCGCCAACGCCGCUACUGCAGGCGCCGGCUCAGCAGCAGCUGCGGCGGCACCGUACGCCGGGUUGGACGGUGGGCGUCGAGAGCCGUCUGGGCCGCUGUCCGCAUGUGUCCCGGGUCCUUCUUAUGAGGGCUCGCGUUACCCCAGCCAGCAACAGCAGCAGCAGUUUGUCAAACGCACGAGCUCCCAAGGCACCAGCACCCUCAGCGCCCUCCUGGGCACCUCCGCACCGACAGCAGCAGCAGCUGGUGGCGGCGGUGGUGGUGGCACGUCGUUGGUCGGGUUUGGCGAUGAUGAGGCGGACUGGGGCGAGCAGCCCGCCUUCAAUGCGGCUGCUGCUGCGUCGGCAUCUGCAACGUCCCCGGCGCCACCACCGUCCGCGAACGCCAGCAGAAGCAACCUCGCUCUGCAGCAGGCUGCUCCUCCUCAGCAGCAGCAGCAACAACAGCAACAACGUCAGCAGGACGACAAGCAGCCCUCGCUGAUGUCGAUGGAGGAGCUGCCUCGCCCCGCUGCCCUACCCGCCACCUGCAACGGCCCUGUCAACCGCAGCAGCAGUGCAGCUGCAGCACCCGCUGCACCGCACUCCACCGCCAACCUCGCACGCAACAGCAGCAGCAACGCCAACGCCUGCACUAGCCAGGCCGCGCCAGCGGCCGCACAGGCGCCGUCGGCAGCUCCCGCUGUCUCGGCGGUUACAGCGGCGGCCCCCCCUCCGCUGCCGUCGUCUUCAGGUACGGCGGCGCUGCCGCCGGCAGCGGCGCCAGCGGUGGCAGCUUCUUCGUACACAGGGGCGGCGGCUCCGGAGGCGCGGGAAGCGUCUGCGUCGUCCGGUGCUGCCGCUGGCGGUUUGGAUGCGGUGGUGGCCAGUAACGUGGCGGGGAGCAGCUGCACGGCAGAGGGCGCAGACCUAAGGGCCCAGCUGGCUCGCCUCUCCAUCGUGAACACCCAGUUGGAGGGCCGGGUACGGCAGCUGGAAGACCUGACUGCGACCCAGGCGUCACUCUUGCAACGACUAGCCGCACAAGUGCAAGUCCUGCAACAACAGCAGCAACAAGGGCAGCAGCUACCGCCGCCGCAAGCCCAGUCGCGCCAGCACUCGCAAAACCAGCUCCUUCCACAAGAGCACGAACCGUUGAUGUCGCAGCAACAGCAGCCGCAGUCUCAGCAGCCGCAGGCUUCGCAGGGUCAAGCUGGCUCGCGACCGCUGGGCUUCAGCGAUGCGCCGGCCUGGCCGGAAGAGCCCCCCUGCCCUCCUGCUGCCGCCGGGGAAAGCUCUGGGACGCUGCCAGCAGCGGCGUUGUCACCGCCACUAUCGGCGGCCCCCGAUGCAGCAGGCGGCAAUGGCAGUAGUGGCGAGGCGGCAGUGGCUGUGGGCGACGAGACGGGGGCAGCCGCGGAAGACGGCGAGGGUAACGACGGGGAGAGGGCCUCCGGCCCUCUUUCGCGAUCUUCGGGAGGGGCGGCUGCGACUGCCUUCGCCAGUGAACCCUGGGUGGCCUCUGGGCUCAGCGAGAGGUCCUCCUCCAGCACCGCCAUCUACCCGGCCAUUCGCUAUGAGGACCUGGCUUGAAACGGGAACAGGGCUGCGGCCCAGAACUUAUGAAACUUACAUAUUCUUCAGCAACACGGCGACGUGACAUGUGCUCCGCAAUAUUGGUUGGGUUGGGUGGUAAGCGUCCGUUGGCAACUGAGAGCUGGUUACCGGUAAUGGUCUUUGUUUGCGUUGUAGUGGCGAGGCAAGUCGAGGGCUCCGGCAUGGACCUCAUGGUCAUGGGUGGAGCUCUUUACAUGGGUUGGCCGCCCCUGUGCACCUGCUGUGUCGUGUAGACGCGCUGAGUGCAAGGGUGAUCGAGCAAGGCGGUCGGGAGGAGCCACAUGCAUCAGAUGCAUGGCUUGGCGUGAUGUUUAGGGUAGGACGCGACUUGGUGGGAGUGGAGAGGUUGGGAAACGUGCUUUACCGGCAUUGGAGGUUGGGAAGGUUGAGGGGCAGCUGGCAUGUUUUUUCUAUACACGCUGUGCACCACCGUGUUGUUGGCGCCGUUAGCAAUAGCCAUGUGCAUGUGCAGCCUAGGUCCAUGAGGAUGGUCGAUAGCGUGCGAUGGCAUAAGGAGCCAC